GUCCAACAUAGCGGAUCAUGUGACUUUUUCCAUUUCGCCAUUUUCCUCUGGUCCACCGGUGGUCUGUAUCAGCUGUUCGUCUCUCCUCUCCUAGCAGCUCGGCGGCCGUGGGACUUCAGGACGGACACGACUCACUCGUAGCUGAACUCCAACCACAGAGAGAAUGUCUUCCUCCAGCCCCGAGUACGCCUCGUUCUUCGCCGUGAUGGGAGCCUCCUCGGCCAUGGUGUUCAGCGCCCUGGGCGCGGCAUACGGCACGGCAAAGAGCGGCACGGGCAUCGCGGCCAUGUCGGUGAUGCGUCCGGAGCUCAUCAUGAAGUCCAUCAUCCCCGUGGUCAUGGCGGGGAUCAUCGCCAUCUACGGACUGGUGGUGGCCGUGCUGAUUGCCAACAACAUCGCUGACAACAUCACCCUCUACAAGAGCUUCCUCCACCUGGGGGCCGGUCUCAGCGUGGGCCUCAGCGGCCUGGCCGCCGGCUUCGCCAUUGGCAUCGUGGGGGACGCGGGCGUGCGGGGCACGGCCCAGCAGCCCCGGCUGUUCGUGGGCAUGAUCCUGAUCCUGAUCUUCGCCGAGGUCCUGGGGCUGUACGGCCUCAUCGUGGCGCUCAUCCUCUCCACCAAGUAGAGGCUCCCCGCCGUCACCCAUCCCACCUCAACGCCGCAAGAACAGACGGGAGACGUCCACCUCAUUCCAGAACAGCCUGCGGUCUGUCGGGCGGCGCUGGGCGGCGUGGUCACCGGCACCACCCCCCUGGGUGGUGUUUCUGCUGCCCCCGUCCGUCGCUGGCGUCAGGCCUUGUACAUCUCGAUGGGCGCUUAAGUAUUGGCCGGGUUUGUUUUGGGAUGAUGUGUAGGCGGUCUCCGAAAGAUUAUGGUGUGUUCUUGCCUGUACAGUGGUCCAGAUCCUUCCAUCGUGAGUGUAGUUGACCCCCCCCCCCAGUCAGUACUGUGAGUGACUAUGUUACCCCUUCUCUCUAGCCUUUUCCUACUCCUUUUUGUUCUGGUUAUCAUUCUAAAUGUCUGAAGAGUUGGCUGUACCAAUCACGCACAUUCUUUUCCUUUUUCUAUUCGUGGUGUUUUUUUUGGGACCAUAUUUAAAUCACAUUGUGACCUGUCAAGACAUUAACUAUUUUUGUUUAUUUUUUCACUAUUUAUGAAUUCUAAAAGAUUUUGAAUUGUUAAUGAAACUGUUUAAAUGGACAUAAUGUUUAUUGAAUACCCUAUAUGCAUAUCCAUAUAUAAAUGAUCUGUGUAUAGUUAGGUGAGAUGCACUCUGGGUAAGUGUUCCAAGUGCUUGAUUUGCUCUGAAUGUUGUGUGGUCUAUUUGAGAAGUCCAGGUGUGACAUACAGUACAGUUAACUGCAUUUGUUUGUUUGUGUGUUUGUUUUACCAGAUCUGAGUGUGAAUAUACGGUGUGCAAGUGGAAAAUGAUGUUUAUGAAUUUGACAUUCUCAAACACUAGUACCGUUUACCUGUAGUGCUGCUGUCUUGAUUUCUGUUCAAGGUGAGAGCUUGCUGUUGGGCUAUGCCUGUCAGAUUUCCAAAUAAAUCUCAACCUCCUUAA